AUCUGGAGAAUGUAAUGUAAAUGUCACCACACUAGGUGGCAACACCUGUUUUUUGGUCUUGUGCCUCUGUGACGAGAAAAAAGUGAGACGACACAAAACGCCUGCUGUGGUCAAAUUAGCAUGUGGAAAGCUUUUAGCCAGUUAAUUGGAGCCGUUUUCAUUAUCUGUGUGCAAGAAAGGGGACUCUUAAGAAAUAAAACUUGUUCAUGCAUUACGUCAAAUUAGGCAUCAAGACAUGAAGGUUAACGAUGCCUCCACAAUGAAAGAGGUGAUCUAGGUAGCUAGCUAAAUUAGCUAAUUUUUAAAAUGCUGUAACCUAGGUAACCUAGCUAUCUUAGCUAAUGUUUGUUUCGUCACCUUUCAGUCAAGCCAGCUAAGCUUAGCAGCCAACCAAAAUAGCUAACGCUAGGAUCGCUAGCUGUAACCUUUUACUUACAUCCUUUUACUGGGAUUACUAGCUAGUUAGCCGUUUAACUUGGUGUUUCGGGGCGACGGUGGUACAUUUUGACAGACAUUACUCACCAUUGUAACUAUAUCAGCAGGCAGCGACUGUUUCAUAUCGAGGGCGUUCAACGAAAUCGUUCGUCUUGAGACUUUUACAAGGCCGCCUGCUUCAAGGAUAUAGCGAACUAGCUAACAAGCCAUUUCGUCAACUUCUAAUUAUGGCGAAAGUACAAGUGUUGAAUGUCGCCGUCCUGGACAACCCUAGUCCUUUCGGGAAUCCUUUCCAGUUUGAAAUCACAUUUGAGUGCAUGGAGGAUCUACCCGAAGAUCUGGAGUGGAAGAUCAUUUAUGUGGGCUCAGCAGAGAGUGAGGAGUAUGACCAGACACUGGACUCGGUGCUGGUGGGCCCUGUUCCUGCAGGCAGGCACAUGUUUGUGUUUCAGGCAGACGCUCCGAACACGGCUCUGAUUCCUGAGAGCGAUGCAGUGGGUGUAACCGUUGUACUCAUCACAUGCACCUAUCGCAGUCAGGAGUUCAUCCGCAUCGGAUACUAUGUCAAUAAUGAGUACACAGACCCCGAUCUGCGGGAGAACCCGCCCAUCAAACCUGACUAUUCACAGUUGCAGAGAAACAUCUUGGCGUCAAACCCGCGCGUCACACGCUUCCACAUUAACUGGGAGAUGAGCACAGACAAAAUGGAGGACUCUGAGAAUGUGGACCCCGCCCCCAAUACUAUGGCACCACCUACCUGCAUUACUGGCAAAGCCCCUCCUCUGGGACACAUGCCAGACAAUUCCAUGGACUACCUGUAGAGGGAAUGCACGUGUGAAUAUGUACGUGCACGUGCACACACACCGCAGAAGGAAGUAACAGACAGGCACAUACACAUAUACACACUGUCUACUCAUUGGCUUUACCUCACAGCACUUAAAGGGCAUAAUUUUUUGAAGCACCUCGAUGCAGUUCUUCUCCUGUCCACAUGGGGGCAGUCAGGACCCUCCUGCAGGAGCUGACCUUGGGGCCCUGGAAAACAGCAGCUGCUUCUUGAGCGCACCUCCAGGUGCUUGCAACCUUACCCAACAGGCCAGACCAUGCCAGGCUGCGUUUUGUGAAUUAACUCCCUUCAGCCGGAUCUCCCAGAGUUAUAAGAAGUGUGCAGAAGGAACUCUGGUGCUCACCAACACUUUCCCUUCUCUCCUCUUUGAGUCAAAGUGCAGUUGGACCCCUUCACAAUUGUUUUUUACUAGAAGAUUAGCUUGAACUGAAAAUCAAGCUUAGUGGGGGUUUUUGUUUGUUUUUUCCUGUGUACUUUUUUUAGCCCCUCUGAUUGGUUUACCUCUGUCAACUCAGUACAAUGCAUAUGAACGCAAGUACUAAAAAAGACUGAAAAUAAAUAUAAGUUGCUGUCUUUGUAAUUUGUAAAA